AUGACAAUCACAAAUCCUAUUCGUCGAGUAGGUGUCAUCGGCGCGGGGCCCUCUGGCCUUGCUGCUGUCAAAUACCUGCUCGCCGAGAAAUGUUUCGAUCGAAUCGAGGUCUUUGAGCAAAGAAGCUCCGUGGGAGGAGUUUGGAACUACAGUCCAAGUUCCUCUAAAAAGGGGAUGUCAACAACUGUCCCACAUUUAACCCCUCAUGAGCCAGCCGAGAAGCCAGUAUGGAUUGAUGGUACUGCUGGGCGUGAGGCGACAUUCGUGUCUCCGCUAUAUGAUCGACUGGAAACCAACAUUCCUAAGGAGUUAAUGCGUUAUUCGGAUAAGGCCUUCCCAUCGGAAGCCCAGCUGUUCCCCAAACACCGGACAGUGAGACAAUACCUCGAAGACUAUGCCGAAGAUGUCAAAAGCCUCAUUCAAUUUGAGACACAAGUCUUAGAAGUGAAACUUAAGGAUGAAACUCUAAGUACCUGGAGUCUAACGGCAAAGAGUCUUUCAACUGGCAUCGACACAACCCACACUUACGAUGCUGUGGUGGUUGCAAGUGGCCAUUUCACGGUCCCUUAUAUACCUGACAUCCCAGGAAUACAAGCAUGGGACGCAUCACACCCGGGUGCUAUUUCUCAUUCCAAGUUUUACGACUCCCCAGAACCUUUCCAAGGGAAGAAAGUGGUUGUGGUAGGAAGUUCUGCUUCGGGUCUUGACAUUGGUGACCAGAUCAACGAAGUAAGCCAAGGCAAACUGUUGGUCUCCCAACGAUCUGAAUCAUACUUGGCUCCACCCCCGAAUGGCGAUAAAAUCAUCUGCCCGGAGAUAGUCGAGUUUCUUCCUCCGACAGCCUAUGACAGAGGUAUAAAGUUUGCGGAUGGUCGCGUUGAGGAACAUGUUGACGCCGUUGUUUUCUGCACUGGCUAUUUCUAUUCAUAUCCUUUCUUGUCUUCACUCAACCCACCGCCUGUGACCCACGGAUGGCGAACGAUGAAUGUCUACCAGCAAUUGUUUUAUAUAGACCACCCCACUCUUGUCUUCCCGGUGCUUUCGCAGCGGGUUAUUCCAUUCCCUAUGGCUGAGAACCACGCUGCUGUCUUCUCCCGUGUAUGGUCCGCAAGGCUUACACUCCCAUCAAAAGAUGAGAUGAAGGCAUGGGAGGAUGCUGAAAUUGAUGCCAAAGGGGGUGGAAAAGAGUUCCACCUUCUUCCAUUUCCCAUGGAUGCUGACUACCUCAAUUUUCUCUACGACUGGGCGGAAAAGGCCAACCCACGACCUGGACUGUCUAACAACGGACAAGGCAAACUUGGUACUCGGUGGGGUGAACGGGAAAGAUGGAUGAGGGCCCAUUUCCCAGAUAUCAGACGUGCUUUCGUACAGCGAGGUAACGAGCGGAGCGAGAUCAAGAAGCUAGCAGAGCUUGGUUUCGACUUUGAAGAGUGGAAGAGGCAACAAGAUUAUCACUGA